CUCCUGUCUGUCUGCCUGUCGGUGGCUGGCCAGGCUCCUCUCCUCUGUGUCCUGCUCUCUACCUGGCCUCCAUGAGUUUAACUGAGGACAAGACAUUCCUCCCUGGAAGAUGGGAAAUGCUUCAGACACAUCUGCUGUGUUUGUCUCCACCAUCUCCAAGGAGCAUGACAUCCUCAUGGGCGCAAUAUACAGCGCAUUUUGUGUAAUGUCCCUCAUAGGCAACUGCAUUCUGCUACUUGUUGCAUAUCACAAGCGGUCGACCUUGAAGCCAGCUGAGUUCUUCAUCAUCAAUCUCUCCAUCAGUGACCUUGGAAUGACGCUCUCUUUAUUCCCACUGGCAAUACCAUCAACUUUUUCACACAGGUGGCUGUUUGGAGAAAUCACCUGUCAGAUCUAUGCUAUGUGUGGAGUACUGUUUGGUCUAUGCAGCCUGACCAACCUCACAGCCCUCUCCUUAGUGUGCUGCCUCAAGGUCUCCUUCCCUAACCACGGUAACAAGUUCUCCUCGUCACAUGCCCGCCUCCUGGUGGCUGGAGUGUGGUGUUAUGCAUCUGUGUUUGCUGUAGGGCCCUUGGCACAGUGGGGACAUUACAGUGCUGAACCUUACGGCACAGCCUGCUGCAUUGACUGGCAUGCACCCAACCACGAGCUUUCAGCUUUGUCUUACAUCGUCUGCCUUUUCGUCUUUUGCUAUGCACUGCCCUGCACCAUCAUCUUCCUCUCCUACACUCUCAUUCUGCUGACAGUGCGGGGGUCACGUCAGGCCGUGCAGCAGCAUGUGUCACCACAGACCAAGACCACCAAUGCACACGCUCUCAUUGUCAAGCUGUCAGUAGCAGUAUGUAUAGGCUUCCUGGUUGCCUGGAGCCCAUAUGCUGCCGUGGCCAUGUGGGCUGCUUUCGGAGACGCCACGCAGGUUCCUCCGGACGCAUUCGCCCUUGCUGCUGUGUUUGCCAAGUCUUCCACUAUCUACAAUCCUAUGGUCUACCUGUUGUGUAAGCCUAAUUUUCGCGAGUGUCUCUACAGAGACACGUCUAUGUUACGACAGAGGAUCUAUAGGGGAAGUCCACAGACAGACCCAAAAGAACGCUUUGGCUCCACCUCACAGCACAACAAGGACAUGAGCAUCUCUACGCGCUUCUCAAAUGGACAGCAGGAGAGCUAUGGGGCGUGUCAGCACUGCACUGAAAAUGCAGCACCGUGUCAUGUGCCCACACCCCAAAGGACUGCCUGCAUCCUGACUGGAUCCACCUACAAAGAGGUGACAGUUAGCCGGCUCUCAGCCAAACCACAGGCUGAUUUACUCUAGGGGUACAACCUCCUCCUAUCGUGAAGCAAACAAGACAGGACAGGUGCUCAAAAAGACAGAGAAAUUGCUGGGCAUGGACAACAAAACAACAAAGGGCAUGCACAAGUUAUAAUAAGUGUGUGUCAUCAAGACUUUAUAGCAGCACAGUCUUGCAAGGACCUUCGACAGCAUCCUUCCUGAAAGUCACUCGUAAAUUACCCCUUCAUUGUGAAAAGAUUCAUAAAAUCCAAACCAUGCUGAUUUCAUCUGAGAAAAUUUGUCACAGAAACGUGUAGUUGCAAUGUCUUGAUGCUUACUACGGUGACAGCUUGUUUCAUUUUAAUUAACAGUAAUUUAAGUGGGCUCUGAAGGAGCAGAAAAUUAGACAGGAGAACCCCUGCUGGUUUCGAGGUUACAAAUGUGUGACAUUUUAAAGCAGCUCAUCGUCUUCAUCUUGUGUACAGCAGGAACAUACUUUUUAAUGUGAGGAUAAUGGCAAUAUAAGAAAAAACAUAUGUGGAAUCAUUCUAAAGGAUUGUAAAGGAGAUAAAGAAAUUGUUUACGGUCCUUAGUGUGAGAGCAAGACUGCACAGGUUUAUGUCUAACCAGUUAACAUCAAGCUCUGUUUACGUUUUGACACACGAAGGACAUGUGUAACCAUUGUAUGUAUGCUGACACCGGGCGGUGAAGAUGAUAAAGUGGUACUCAACUCAAAAUGAUUGAGUAUUCACCCCCUGUAGACUUGAAUGUUUGUACUGACAUUUUGUCCUUGUCACCAUUGGGAUCCAUUGUAACAGGGACACAAACUCAAACUGACAGCUGUUGUUUUCUGUGAGGAAUCAAACAACCAAUUAUUAGCAGCCACUUCAAGCCAACAGGGGCCAAGUAUCUGAUGCUAAAAACACAGAUUUAGCUGGAUUAUCAAUUUAGUGAAGAGGCCUAUACUUGAUGAGGCUCUACUGUGCCCUGUUGCCUGCGGUCACUGACAAAAAUGGGACUAGAAGUCAAUUUCACCUCACGUUUAGUCAUUUAUUUUGACAGAAAUAAAAAAAAAAGCUACAGAGACCCGGAGUGGCCAUAGAGAGAAAAAAUAUAUAUAUUGAGGGCAGGUUUGCUACAUCAAGCACUCAAAAUUAUACUGCACUUGCACAAGAUACAAUUAAUUCCCACGUUUUGAAAUAAAGUUGGCAAUCCUUUAAGUAGUGAAGUGUUAGCUGCAGUUAAACACAGACCAUGCCAUAACCUAACGCACCCUCAGUAAUGUUUUCACUGUGGGUUGACUGUGAUAGCGACUGUAAUGUAAAUGAUAUAGUCAAUAUUGGGAAAUGGUUAAUGUACACACUUUAAAAUCACAGACUGCAAAGUGCACCCACUGUAGAACUAACCUAUAAACCUAUGUUGAACACACAGUUGAAAUGAGGCACACAUAAUAGUUUUGCAGAAAAACCUCAUCGUGCCAGACGAUCGUAGCUUAUGCCAACUUUUUCUGGUUAAAGGCAAUGCAAGUAUUAGAGCAAAGGUCAAAUAUUAAUGCAUGAACAUGAUUAACUUAGAAUCAGAGAGUCACUGAAUGUUUUAGAAAUGUUUUGAUAAAAUACAACAAACAGUCUAGCUACCGAUGUUGCUGAAUUAACUGCCUCUUUUAAAGCAUUUUGAGUCCUUAGUGUCGUAAAACAUGACCUUAAUAUAUUGUUUCUCUGUAUGGCCACUUCAGGGCUUAGUAAAAACCAAACUCAAGUCACUCUCUUUCUUUUAGAGGAUUCCUUAACUCUUAUGUUGGUCCUCCACACAGUUACCACAGUAGUUCUAAUCUGUAUUUCAGCUUGAUUAGGUUACAUUAAUACUAAAGGGACUCUGCUUUGUAAAGAAAACGCAGCACUCACUAACCAGAGUGAAACCUGUAAUUUAAGACCAUUUUACAGGACUUUUUCAAAACAAUUGUCGUUUCAUGAAACAAGAGGAACCAGGGUAAGUUCUAUUUUUUAUAUAUAGAUAUUUAUUACAUUUAAAUAUUUAUUCAGUGUCCAGGUAAAAAACAAUGGAAAAAAGGAGCCCAUAACAGUGAAAGCUUUUAAUUAUGUUUUGAUUAGCAUAAAUUGGCAGAAUUGCACACACAGAUGUGUCCAUAAUCUAAUGUAUAUUAAAUUAUAGAUGCUCUUAUCAUUUGUCUUCUACUCCUGAUUUUCUCAUGCUAAUUCAUGCACAUUUAUUGUAAAAAAAAUCAGUCAAUCAAUUAAAAUAAAUCACUCUUUGGAUUUUAAUCAGUUAUAAUAAAAACCAUGUCUGAUCCUGCACGUGUGUAUCAAAAGACUGACAAUUCGUUUUCCUUAAAAAAAAAAAAAAACAAGAACACGAACAGCACUGUGCUGUAUUUAACUCUGCUUUCCCUUUUUAAUGUGGUACUGUGCUGUGUGGCUUAAUGUAUGCAUGUAAAGAAAAGCAUACUGUAUGUGUUGAUAUCAUUAUCAAAAACAAUUCUUGUGCAGCCUUAUUUACUGAAGAAAUAAAAACACUGAAUAAUC